CUCGUUCAUCCGUCGGCUUGAACACACGGUCGUUGAUCUACCAUACCGACUACGUUACAACAGUAGUGACAACAAUCAGUCGUUACAAACACGAAUACACGCACUUGCUUACCUUGCCAAUACCUUGAAAUCAAAACAAACAGCCUCCCCUCCCGAAAACCGCAACCAAAAUGUCCACCUCCACCGCAACCACCACCGCAACAGCCACCACCGGCUCCGCCGCGGCCGCCACCUGCACGGGCAACCUCUACGUCCUCCCCGUCCAAGACGCAGCCUGCGCCCUCCCCAACUCCGGCAAUUUCUCCUCCGUCAUGGACAAAUGCUGCUCCCCCGCGACCGUCACCAAAUACGACAACGACUGCGGCCUGUACUGCCUGGCGCAGGACCAGACCGUCAAGACCCUUCUGAGCUGUCUCCAGGACAAUGGCGCCGUGACCGAGGCCUUCUGCAGCGGGAACCUCACAGCCAGCGCAACGGCCAAGGUGUCUUCCACCGAAACCGGCAAAGCGGGAAAGACAGGCACCAGCACGGGCAGUGCGGCGAGUAGCACGAGUACCUCCGAUAAGAGUGCGGCGGUGGUCGGGCACAAGGUUUCGAUGGGCGGGUGGGUCGUGCUGGGGAUGGUGGUGUCUUCGUGCUUGUUUGGGGUUAUGGGUUAGCUUUCUAUGGUGAUGCAGAUGGGAUUAUGGGGGUGUGGGUCAGUCUGUGGUGGUUCAUUGGGGAUAAUAUCUGCCAUGGGGUGGGGAGGUGGCUAUCUGGGGGAGAACCCCCAGACCCCCCUUUCUUUCAGCUUCUCGGCAACCUCAACCCAAGUCUCACCUUAGUUAUGAUAAUAUGGCGGGCUGUAUUAUAGGUUAGUCUUAAUUAAUCUCUAUCGUUCUAAUG